AUGCUGCGACUCGCUCAACUUCCUUCUGGCCUAGCCUUCCUCGUGCUCUCAUCGCAGCUGGCCUCUGCCUUCUACCUCCCUGGUCUAACACCAACCAACUACAAACUCGGCGACCUUGUGCCCCUAACAGUCAACCACCUCACUCCCUCCCCCUCCCAGCGUGACAGCCAAGUCCACAGCGUCUACAGCUUCGACUACUACCACAAUGCCUUCCACUUCUGCCCACCCCCGGGCGGCCCCAAACCGCAAUCUGAGUCCCUCGGCUCCAUCCUCUUCGGCGACCGGAUCCAAACCUCACCCUUCCAACUCAAAAUGGGUGUUGAUGAGCCCGGGUGUCGUGCAGUCUGUACCGAGGAAGCAGAGGUGCAAUUCGAACCCCGAGAUGCCAAGUUCGUGAAUCGCAGGAUCUGGCAGGGAUACAAUCUGAAUUGGUUGGCUGAUGGGCUACCGGCGGGUCAACCGUAUCUGGAUCCCAACACUCAGACCGAGUUCUACCAGCCUGGGUUUGCGCUAGGGAGGGUGGUGGAUGAGGUGCCGCGGCUGCAUAAUCACUAUAACAUCUACGUUGAUUAUCACCAGGUGCGGAAGGGGCAAUUCAGGGUUGUAGGGAUACUAGUGGAGCCGGAGUCUUUAGGGGAGUCGAAGAGGGUUGGGACAGAGGAGGACAUGACGGCCGAUUGUGGAAACAGGGAUGUACCGAGAGUGCUGGAGGAGCGAGGGACGACGAGCGUGACGUGGACGUAUAGUGUGAAAUGGCGGGAAUCCAAGACGUCGUUUGCGACACGGUGGGAUAAAUAUCUACACGUCUACGACCCGAAGAUCCACUGGUUCUCGCUCAUCAACAGCGCGGUGAUCUUCAUGUUCUUGAUCGGCAUGGUCAGCACCGUCCUCAUCCGCACCCUACGAAAAGACAUCAAACGCUACAACCGGCUUGACCAACUCGGUCUGGACGACCUAAGCGGCGAUAACGUCGAGGACGGCGUGGUCGAAGACAGCGGCUGGAAACUCGUGCACGGCGACGUCUUUCGCCCGCCUAAACACAGCCUCGCGCUCUCCGUGCUCGUGGGCAACGGCGCUCAACUCUUCAGCAUGGCCGGGUGCACCAUCGCCUUCGCCGUCGUCGGCUUCCUCUCCCCCAGCAACCGCGGCAGUCUCGCAACAGUAAUGAUAAUGUUGUACACCUUCUUCGGCUUCAUAGGCGGGUACAUCAGCUCGCGCGUCUACAAGUCCUUCUCCGGCGGCUCGAAAUGGAAACAACUCUUCAUCCUCACCCCGGCCGCCCUACCUGCCCUCGUCUUCUCCGUCUUCUUCCUCCUCAACCUCUUCGUCUGGGCCCGAGGUAGUUCCGGAGCAGUACCCUUCACGACAAUGCUGGUCGUAAUCGGCCUCUGGUUCGUCAUCACCGUGCCCCUCAGCCUCGUGGGCUCCUGGCUCGGCUUCAAGCAACCCGCCCUCGACCCCCCCGUCCGCACGAACCAGAUCCCGCGCCAGAUACCUCCCGCUAGUGGCUACCUCCGCACAGUACCCAGUAUGCUCCUCGUCGGCGUCUUACCCUUCGGCGCCAUCUUUGUGGAACUCUACUUCAUCAUGAAUUCACUUUGGAGUAGCCGGAUCUACUACAUGUUCGGCUUCCUAUUCCUGAGUUUCGGACUCCUGGUCGUCACCUCCGCGGCGGUCACGAUCCUCAUGAUAUAUUUUUUGCUAUGCGCGGAGAACUAUCAUUGGCAGUGGAGGGCUUUUGCCAGUAGUGGGGCCAGCGCGGGAUACGUGUUCGCGUAUAGUUUGCUGUAUUGGGCGCGGAUGUUGAGUUUUAGCAGUUUUACAGGGGGCUUGUUGUAUUUAGGGUAUUCGCUCAUGUUGAGCUUCUUGUGGUUUGUCAUGAGUGGCACGAUCGGUUUCUUUGCAUGCUGGGUCUUUGUGCAUAGGAUAUAUGGCUCGAUCAAGAUCGACUGA